AAAGAAAAAUCAUUAUUGUGUAACGCUUGUUUACCAAGCAAUGGCCUUUGUCUCUUUUCUGAAUUUCUGCUUCUCUCACCUAUAAAUAUAACUGUCCAUAUUCUUCAACACUUGCAAGCAAACCAAGAAUAUUUAUUGUGUGUUGUGUUCCAACAAUGGCUCUAAAUUGGCUAAUUAGCAUUGCAUACACAAUCACUCUUGGAAACUCUUCGUCAUCAUCAUCAUCAGAAUUUACCACCAAGAAUCAAAUGAAAAAUGAAGGAGAAUUCGGGUUUCGAAUGCCUCUUCAUUAUCCGAGGUACAAGAAAGAUGAUUACGAGAAUAUGGAGAAGUGGAAGAUCGAUGAGCUUCUGAGAGAAUAUGGACUUAGUUUCCGUGGGAGUGUUGAUGACAAGAGGAGAUUUGCUAUGGGUGCAUUUUUGUGGCCUGAUCAACUUUGAUGUUUGGUCUAAAUUGGUUUGUGUAUGUUCUCUGUUUGAGACUCAGGCCUAGUUAUUAUUAUUGUUGUUGUUAUGGAUGUGGUUAGAGUGAGGUUAAAUUUGUCAUAAUUGGUCCUAUAACCUUUUUUUUUUUACCAAUAUAUUCAAGCCGGGUUAUAUUAUUGUUGUUGUUUUAGAUGUUGUUAGAGCUUGGUUAAAUUUGUACUAAUUGGUUGUACGAGCUCUCUUUUUUCGAAUAUAUUAUAAUCUGGUUCUAACAUGUUUGAAAUUGA